AUGGGCAACCAGCUCGCAGUUCUCUCGCAGGCCUUCCCGCCGAAGUCGACUUUCGCCCCGGCACAGAUGCCGGACUUGACGGGGCGCGUCGUGAUCGUCACAGGCGGAAAUGUGGGCAUUGGGAAGGAAACGAUCAAGGCGCUGCUCGAGCACAACGCAAAGGUCUACAUGGCGUCCAGAAGCAAGGAAAAGGUAGACGCUGCGAUCAAGGAGCUCGUGCAACAGACAGGCAAGGAAGCUAUAUUCCUCGAGCUCGACCUGAGCAGCCUUGCAUCUGUGCGGAGAGCCGCUGAGGAGUUCAUGAGCAAGGAGAAGGAACUGCACGUUCUCUUCAAUAACGCGGGUGUCAUGUGGCCUCCGCGUGAGCUGCUCACCGCAGACGGCUACGACCUACAAUUUGGCACGAAUGUCGUCGGUCAUUUCUUCUUCACGAAGCUCCUCAUCCCAGCACUCGUCGCGGGCAAGGAAACGUCUCCCGACCACCACGCGCGCAUCGUCACCACUUCCUCGGGUGCGGCAUACGGCUACACGCUCAACUUCGACGCGAUCAAGGACAGCCCGGCGCGACGGAGUAUGAUGACGAACACGCUGUACUCCCAGAGCAAAUUCGGUAACGUUGUCGUCGCGCGCGAGUUCGCGAAGCGGUACGCGGACCAAGGCAUCGUAUCUACUUCUUGUAACCCUGGCAAUAUCAAGACCGAACUACAGCGCUACGCCCCUACCGUCCUCCGUAAAGUCAUGAACCUCGUCCUCUAUGACGCCCCGUACGGCGCGCUCACUCAACUCUGGGCUGGCACCAUGCCGGAGACGCUCGAUUACAACGGCAAGUAUCUGAUCCCUUGGGCAAGAAUGGGACAGUGCAGGCGCGAAGCGUACGAUGAUGCGCUGGGCGAGAAGCUGUGGAAUUGGCUGGAGGAGCAGGUGAAGGAUAAGUGA